CUUCUUCUUCCUCGCCGUGCGCGUAAGCUGCCUGUGGAGGACCCGCACAUUAUGAGACGCCAUGGCAUGUUGUGAGCGAGGGGUUCAGACCCUCGUGGCCAUCGUGGGGGCCUUCGCCGCGUUCAGCCUUAUGACCAUCGCCAUCGGCACCGACUACUGGCUCUACUCCCGCGCGUACAUCUGCAACACCACCAAUGCUUCCACGGAUGACAACCAGAUGCAGCCCAAGAAAGUGAGAGGCGACCUGACGCACUCUGGUCUGUGGAGGAUCUGCUGCAUCGAAGGUAUCAAUAAAGGAAGCUGUUUCCGGAUCAAUCACUUCCCAGAGGAUAACGACUACGACACCGACAGCUCUGAGUACAUCUUACGUAUAGUACGUGCCUCAAGCCUAUUCCCCAUCCUCAGCAACGUCCUGCUGAUGCUGGGUGGCCUGUGUGUCGGUGUUGGACGCAUCUACAGCGGCAGGAACAACAUCCUGCUCAGUGCUGGCAUCCUGUGUGUGGCUGCAGGCCUGAGCAACAUCAUCGGCAUCAUCGUCUACAUCUCGAGCAACGCCGGCGAUCCCAGUGACAAGAAAGACGAGGACAAGAAAAACCACUACAACUACGGCUGGUCCUUUUAUUUCGGCGCCCUCUCCUUCAUCGUGGCCGAGUCAGUGGGCGUUCUUGCCAUCAACAUUUACAUCGAGAAAAACAAAGACACGCGCUUCCGAGCCAGGCACAACUUCAUCAAAACCAUACCCUCCUCUUCACCUUACUCCCGCAUCCCGAGUUACCGCCACAGACGAAGGCGCUCACGCUCCAGCUCCAGGUCGUCUGACCCGUCCCGUGAGCCCUCCCCGGUCGGGAUGAAGAUCGGUGGAGGUAGUGGUGGAGGAGGAGCAGGAGGAGGGUUGGGAAUGGGGUUGCCGAUGGGGGAUAUAUCCCUGUACGCCCUUAGUAGGGACCCCCUGAAGGGCGCAAGUGGGAUUUCAGGGCCCUACAGCCCUGAGAGGGACUCUGGGUUUUUACAAGUCCACAACUGCUUCCAGAAGGAUCUGAAAGACGGGGUGAACAGGAGGACAACGCCGGUAUGAGGUCGGGAGCGUAUCGCUGCGUGAAACUAUAAGCUUGACGGAGCACAUUAGAUAUCUUACAGUUGAUGAAAAAAGGACAAUUCCUCCCCCGGGGCUGUUCAGGCAGCAGCGAUGUUGAAAGGUCAGAGCUCAAAAUUGUUUUCCUUGCGUCCCUCUGUGCCAGUCUGCGUUUCAUUCAGAUGAGAACUGAUAACAAAAACAACUUUUUUAUGAUAUGACUCAAUAUCUUUGAAGAUGUUAAUUCUAAAAUGUGAUGCUCACUAUUUGUGACUUGUGCUCUUACACAAAAUGAUGAAAAUAUUGCACUGUUAGGAAGGACAGUCAGUGAAGACUUGAUAAAAUAAUUAACCUUUUACAGACGUGAUGUUCAGUAUUAUAAAGAUUCUGAAUAUUGAACUUCAGGUAAAGAUGUUUUUUCCUCUGAAGUAGCUGUGAAGUGUUUUGAAAAUAAUUGUAUUCCCAGACAGAAGAGAAAUUGUUUCUCCGAAAUUGUUUGCUAAAAAUGAAUUGAUAGACUUGAUUGUUUGUAAUCCAAGUAUUAUUGUAUUGUGUUUGUUUGUAAUUUAACACAACUGGUGCUAACUAGUACACCUUUGAUCGUCUUAAAGCCUUCUGAACUGCCAUUUGAAUACUCCUCUCUCAUGCUUGGUCGUGAGUUGUGUGAUAAAUGUGUGUGUUAUGUGAAAGUGUGCGAUCUGCCUCUGAAACACUGCCAAACUUAGAUUUACAACUGUAGAUAUAUAUCAACAAAAAUGACAGGAGACAAUGUGAGUACAUUCCAGUAUGCUGUGUGAUGUGUCAGUAUAAACACUAUUUGUACAGACUGUGUGUGUGUGUGUGUGUAGUUUGCUCUCCGUUCGCUCAGGGACGAUGAAUUAUUUUCCGACAGACAUUUACAGUUAAAGAAGAGGUGAGAUCAAACUGUGUGAGUGAAUAUGAUUUUGUUUCUGCUGCCCUGUCCACACCAAUGCAGAUAUUUAUAAAACUCUUUUUUCUCUGCG